AUGAUUAGGAAUAUCCCGCCUUCAGCGCGAGCGCCCAUCAUUCGCAUCGCCAACGGCACAUUCUACCGGCACCACCCAAACUCCCAUUCAGCACAUGCCAAUCCGGCCCUGUUCAAGAAUCUCAGCUUUGAGCUACCCUCAUCGACAUCCCAGCCGCACAAUUGGUGCGUUGUGGGGCCUUCACUGUCCGGAAAGACGACAUUCCUUCAGGUGCUGAGAGGAAGAUUGAUAUGCGAGCCCCCUACGGCGAGAUCGUAUCCGUAUCUGUCGUCAGAUGCUGUGCCAUCAAGGCUGAGGACGCCGAGCAAAGCUAUUCAGUAUGUCGGGUUCGACGCUGAGCAGGGGGCGGGAGGAUUGGGCGGUGCCGUCACAACAUCGGCGUACCUCUCUGCACGAUAUGAAUCUCGAAGAGAGAUUACCGACUUUUCGUUGCGGGACUUUUUGUUGGGCAACACGGAGCUGAAUCCUGCCAAAACACCGGGUCAGGAAGGCGAAGAGGAGGGCGGCAUAUCGGACGAGCUGCUGAAACGAGUCGUCAAGGACCUCAGGCUGGAGCAUCUGCUUGAUCUGCCCGUGACAUUCCUCAGCAAUGGCCAAGGCAGGAGGGCAAGGAUAGCCCGCGCACUGCUGACGAGGCCUGAGGUCUUGCUUCUUGAUGAGCCUUUCAUGGGCCUCGAUCCUCCUACGGUUACGGGACUGAGUCCCUUGCUGGAAUCUCUUUCUGAAAAGGCAAACCCGCGACUGGUGUUGAGCGCAAGGCCUCAGGACCCUCUGCCAGAGUGGAUCACGCACUUGGUGUAUCUGAGAAUGGACUGUCAGAUCGAGUCAAUGGGCCCCAAGGAGGUGGUGCUGGAUGGAUUGAAGAAGUAUGUGCAUGGUGUGAGGGUGGGCGGGAUCACAGAGGAUGAGAAGCUGCCUGUUCACACGUUGGCCGAUAUUGGCCGAGUCUUGUCCAAGGACUCUUUGACAGCCAACUCGGCGACUUCGUCAUCAUCAUCAUCUCACGAACAGAAGCCCAUCAACCCCAACGCCGAACCCCUGGUUGAGAUGGACGGUUGCCAAGUCCGUUACGGCGACAAGAUUGCACUAGGGAACUGGUCACAGAAGACACCUCAAGGCGACAAGCCCGGACUGAUAUGGACGGUUCGACGUGGCGAGCGCUGGGGCGUGUUCGGUCCCAAUGGCUCCGGCAAGACGACCAUUGUCUCUCUGCUUGGAUCAGAUCACCCGCAGACAUACUCGUUGCCCAUCAAGCUCUUUGGACGCAGCCGUCUUCCCGAACCAGGCUCGGGACAGCUGCCGCUCACGUUCUGGGACAUUCAGUCUCGCAUCGGCCACUCCAGCCCCGAAGUCCACCAGCACAUGCCGAGGAGCCACACCAUCAGACAGGUGAUUGAGAACGCCUGGGCGGAGACGUUUGGCGCGAAACCAAAGCUGAAUGCCGAAGCGAGUGCCAAGGUCGAGGCGGCCCUCAGGUGGUUUGAGCCCGAGCUGAAGCCCAACAGCGCCGCUGGCAGCGAGGGCCUGAAAUGGGCCGACGAGUAUAUGUUUGGCGAGAUUUCGUUUAGUGCUCAGCGCGUGGCGCUGUUUAUUCGAUCCAUGAUCAAGGGGCCUGAUAUCGUCGUCUUGGAUGAGUCGUUUAGCGGCAUGGACGAUGCCGUCCGCGACAAAUGCACGCUGUUUCUCACCGAGGGAGAGGCCAAGACGUACGUGGGCGAGGAGAUUGUCGAGAGCCAGCAGGCCAAGGACGGUACAGUCAAGGUGAAGGGCUUGUCUGACCAGCAGGCGCUCAUUUGCAUUGCGCACAUCAAGGAGGAGGUGCCGGACUGUGUGAGGGAGUGGAUUUGCUUGCCGGAGGCGAAUACGGGACUGCCUGCGAGGUUUGGGAGGCUGAAUGGUGCGCUGAGGGAAGAGGAGGGCAGAUGGAAUGAGAUUUGGGGUUUUUAG